AACCGCCUUCACCGCCACGGUCUGUCGCCUUGAAAGGACGUCACAGACGCGGUUCCAACAUCAUCGACGUCAGACCAAACGCCGCAAAAAUCAAAACGGCGCAGCAAUGCUUUUCUACUCGUUUUUCAAGUCGCUUGUUGGCAAAGACGUGGUAGUGGAGCUGAAAAACGACCUGAGCAUAUGUGGAACUCUUCAUUCGGUUGAUCAGUACCUCAACAUCAAGCUGACCGACAUCAGCGUCACGGAUCCAGAGAAAUACCCGCACAUGUUGUCGGUGAAAAACUGCUUCAUCCGCGGGUCGGUGGUCCGUUACGUGCAGCUGCCUGCCGACGAGGUGGACACGCAGCUACUUCAAGACGCCGCACGCAAAGAGGCCAUGCAGCAGAAGCAGUGAUUGCAGGUGCGGGCGGGUGGGCGGGCCAUGGGUUGGGAGGGUGUUUAUUAUUUGGGUUCGGGUUGUCGCAAAGACGGCUUGAGUUGUUUUCUGUUCAUUUAAAAAGAGGUCAGGUAUGGACUCAACUUUGUCGGUCGACUCCAUAUCUGAACAAAACAUUAAAAAAAUGAUUAUUAAUGUUCGAAUAAUCAUGUAAAUAUCCUUAGAAGGGUUUGUUUGAUUUAAUUUUAAGUGAAAGAAACUGAGUCAAAACAGCCCAAAAGAUUUCAUACCUGUCUUAGUUUGUUUACUGUACGAAAAAAAAAGCAAACUUUUGUAUGAAAACAGGUAUUUUUUUAAAGUCAUGUUUUAAUGCCUGUGUCUUUUUUUUUUAACUUUAUGUUGGGCUUCACUAAGAGCGUUGCUUUGUGAAUGUUCAUUUCUGGGAAAUAAAGAUGCAAAAUUUCACGGCAAAUCUGUAUGGCGUUAGUUUUAAGAACCAAAAAGAAAAAAAAAAAGCAUUUUAUUUUUUAGCUCUUAAAAGUAUGGUCUUUAAAAUGAGCUAUUGUCUUGAGUUGAUUUGCAAACAAGUGUUACGACUACACUGAUAAGAAAACGACAUCCUAAAUCGGAAUCCUAUAACGCAUAGAAAUCAAAUACCUUUAUUUUACAUUCAUACAUCAAAGGACAUGGUACAAUAGUUUUUCCAAUUCCGUUAAAAAAAAAAACAAAAAGAUUUACAGUGAUGCAUUUACUUUUUAAGGUUGGUGACAAGCAUUGAA